UCCCGGGGCCAUCACAGCCGGGUGGAGAGGCGACUGCCCAGGGUCUUGGCUCCCGCUGGCCCAGAGCUGCACCCCGCUCCCAGGCCGAGGACAACAGAAGGACGUGGGCUCAAGAACUCCACAACUCACGAACCUGCUCCAGAACAGAGGACUCAGUUCUGUGCACUCUAAGGCGGGUCGCAUCUAGGGAGCGCCUGCGCAUUUGUGCUUCCUGAUUGAGGGACUGCGCUUGCGCAUCGCUGCUUUUUCCGCCUUCUCCAGCUGCAGCAAGGGCUCAAGGGUGCAGAAUUGUGUCCUUACCAAUGGACCUGGUUGGUUUUGGGUAUGCAGCCCUUGUGACAAUUGGAAGUGUUUUGGGAUAUAAGCGAAGAGGUGGAGUUCCGUCUCUGAUUGCUGGUCUUUCUGCUGGACUUUUGGCUGGCUACGGAGCCUACCGUGUCUCUAAUGACAGACGGGAUGUCAAAGUGUCAUUGUUUACAGCUUUCUUACUGGCCACCAUAAUGGGUGUGAGAUUUAAGAGGUCCAAGAAAGUAAUGCCUGCAGGUUUGGUUGCAGGGUUAAGCCUCAUGAUGAUCCUGAGACUUGUCCUGCUGCUGCUUUAGCAUCUGGAGAAGCCGAGAGCCAAACUCCCAUCAUGCUGCUGUGCCUGGCACAGGAGGCUCCUGCAUUGAAGUGAUCGUCUUAAAUACAUGCGAAACGUCUUAUGUUGAAAUGAAAAUAAUGUCACCCUAAUAUUUAAAAAUAAUUGACAAUGUUUAUUUGUACCACCCCAAUGCUUUUUUAUUUAAUGCACACAUUUUAGAUGGUUCUAUUUGCUAAUCCUGUUCUUUGGUGAAUUGUUCCAUGAUCAUUUGCUUUCUCUCUUUUCAUCUCUGGAAAUUGGGGGCUUGCUAUUUUCUGCUUUUGACAAUCCCAAAGACUAUGAUGAAAAUAAGUUAAAUAAAUUAACUGUAAGCUGUCAGACCAUGGGAUUCCCGGAGUGGACCACGGGGCGUGUCAAUGAAUUGUGUGUCACUUUGUCCAUUAGGGGCUGUAUUUGUAUGGUUGGAGGUGGGGCAGGUCUACAUAGAAUGAAUUCUAUUCUCAGCCUGUCAUUGUCCUGACACAAUGUACUCAGUGGUCAAAUAAAAUGCAUCUUAUUC